GUAACUAAAUAGCACGAAGGUUCAUAAUCCUUUAAAAAAAACAUCCGUCUUACGAAUUUAUCCUGACGCGAGUUUAAAUUUUUUUACCCAUUCCAAAGUGGGUUUGGGGGGGGUUUGGGCUUAUGCUUUUACGGUUCCCAGCACGGCAUGCUUGCAUUGCAUGGUAGCAUAGGUGCAGACCCACCCUACCACAUCCUUCUGAUGGGUAGGGAGGCAUGGUCUUGGGGGUAGCGCAAGUCGCUGGGAUCCCCAAGGCAAGUUUGGUGGACUAACCUUCCCGAGGUUGCCGACCCUGUUUUUGGUCUAAUACCCUAUGUAUUAGACGUAACUAAAACCACCAAGCGAACUAUUGCAGGGAUGGAGAGGUCAUGUCCCUGCGAGUUCAUCGUCCGAAAUGGAAGGACGGUGGACAGUUAAUGACCUCCCGCGUGUUUGUGCCGUGCGCGGGGACCCGUACGGGAGGAUUAAGGAGUCCUGGUGGUUGAGUGGCGUAGUGCGCCGGUUACAGUUGUGCGCUACACACAACACACCUCUUUGGUCCGGAUUUCUCCUCACACGGGAGGCCGUGGAUUAGCUAACCAUGGUCAACCGGCUGUGGUAUCCCAUAAGCGGGCUACCGAGCGAGAGUCGGGGUGUGGAGGGGGGGCCGUCGGCGUGGCACGGGACUCGGGGUGAGUUUGCGUCAUCGUCUCAUGAUGCGAACAGCUCCGUACUUCCUUGCCGCGUGCGGACGCGUCUGCUCUUCUACGCGCUGGCUCUAUACCGAAGGAGUAGCUCUGACGUUGCUUGCUGAGCAAGGGGCGUCCCCGACUUGAGGGCUCCGUGGCGGGUGGAGAGCUCUAACGGUGAAUUCUUCCAUUAUACCUCAUGGAUAAAGAGGCAAAACAAAACAAACAACAAAAGGCUGCAUCCACGGAUGCGCCUGUAACUAACAAACCCAGGGUUGCGUCUCAGGACGUGUCGCGGUGCAAGUCACCAGUGACGCGAUACUCUGAUGCCCCUGUUUCACAAGCGGAUGCACCCAUUCGGGCAGCGUCCAAGACUCCAAAGGAGAGGGAAGCGGCUGGGGAUGCGCCAAACCGGGCUGUACCCUUGACCGUACCCCCUCCGAUGAAAUCGCAAACACCACCGCACAAGGAAGUGUCCACUGUUGCGGCCAGGUUCUCUGCGUCGGUCCAGCCAAAGAUGGUGACUCUGAAAGAUGCUACAGCAAUGUCUGCGUCUGUAGGAGGGGCAUCCGCGGCAAGAACGAUGCGGAAGACCGAGGCUGCGACGGAGAGCACAUCCAGUGCACCAACCUCGACCAUGGAUAUGUCGGCCCUGAAAACUGCAAUUCAGGAACCGACUCUCACAAUAGUUCUGAGUGCCUCUAAAAGGCGACGGCUCAAGAAAGCCAAAAGAGCGUCGGAACAGCAGAUGCUGGAUACCGACGCUCAGAAGCUACCUAAAAACCCUAAACCUGCCCCCGCUGCUCCCACAGCAGCAGGAGGCGGGAAAAGGGCACCGAAGCCGACAAGGUCCACUGCCGCGCUCAAGCCUUGUGGCUCUAAGUGCAGUAGGAGAUCUAGAGUGCCUAACUCAAAUAAAACCAACAAACAAACCAAGGGCCAGAAACGCGAUCGGCCGGAGGAAACCAUGACGCCGACCGGGGAGAGUAAAAGGGUAAAACCCAACAAACCCCGACUGGAGGCAGGGACCUCGGCCAGUUAUGCGAAAGCGGCAGCAUUUUAUAAAGCCAACAAGCUUUGUGUUGCCGUGAUGACUGAGCCUUUCGUAAACAUGUCAAAAGAACAGGCGGAUAACAUCCGCCUACAAAUUGAGGGAAAGAUACGAGAUGAGCUUAUGGCGGAUCUUGAAGCUACCCUAAUAACCGAACCCAACGACAUCAGGUUCCGGGGCAGAGCCCACUUCUCAGAAGGUGUCCUCAAAACUUGGUGCGAGGACACUUUCACACUGGACUGGCUGACCAGAACUUGUGAUGUCAUCACUAAUCCGAUACCUGACACCAGGUUGGUGGUUCGGCCUCAAUCGGAUAUUCCGAAGAAAUUCCGUGUCUACUAAAUGUACCAGAGUUCACUGGUGACACGGAGACACUACGGUAACUGAUUACGAGACAGAACCGCCACCUCAAUAACAGAUCUUGGACCCUGACGCACGAACGUCGAAUACAGGACCCGACAGGUGUCUCUCUCUUCUUUCGUGUGCCGGAGUCUGAGAUCUCAAAGAUCAAGGCACAUGAACGGAGUAUAUACUACCUGAUGGGGAACAUCUACCUCACCUCACAGGUGGUCGCCGCUCCACCACUAACCACUGUCAGUACAUCAGGGACGGAGUCAUCGAGACCAAGGCCGCCCACGGCAAUGACGGGGGAAGCUGCGGUCCCCGAGACAUACGCUCCUAUGGAGACAGUUCGACAACCACCUUCACCGGUGCAAUUAACCUCGGAUGAUGAGUUCUUUCAGGAGACUGGGGGGAGUGAACUCAGUGACAGCUGUCUGCGCUCCUUCCCCUCACCGGACUGACCUUAUCCAGGCCAACCACCAGCACAGCCAAACAGCGUCGGCUUCCCUACGCAGACUGCUGGAGACCAACUCGAAGACCAUCGCCAUGAUCCAGGAGCCGUGGAUCAAGAAUGGCCAGUCAGGAAUAUGUGGCCUGGGUAGCACCGUUGGUAAACUUUUACUGGACACCUCCGUAAGUAACCCAAGAACCUGCAUAAUUUUACCUAAACAUGUACCAGCAUUAAUUAUAAACGAACUGUGUUCAAGGGACCUUACAGCUAUUAGGGUUACCUAGGAACGCACAUCCAGACUUCGUCCUGGCGUCCGCCUACUUACCGGGUGACGAGGACGUACCCACUCCGAACUCAGCCUUUUGGCUGACUACUGUGAGAGGGAGAAACUGGAGCUCAUCAUCGCGGCGGACUCCAAUGCGCACCAUACGUUAUGGGGUAAUAAUGCCAAUACCUCGAGGGCAGUAUUACACAUACAAAAAUUGUUCAAUUACACAUCCAUUCAUGACCAUACAAAUGAAUGCCUACGCUUCCUGUACAUUGCAGUGAUUAUCGGGUGGAAUAAGGAUGUAUCAUUGCAGGGCAAUAGCUACCAGCUUAAGCUGGUGGAGUAUAAAACAAUUGGCUAACGUCGUCAUCCUUUGUAGCAUUAUGUUUAUUUUAACCUCUAUUAAUUACAACCCUUAGGAUGCGACGUCAGCUCUGCGGAUAUUAAGAGGACUAUAUAGAAAUUGGAUACAACUACGUCACCAUUGCUGUCGCUUCUGCUAUUGAAACAUAGCGCAGGCGCAGGUGCAGGACAGACUACUUCAUCUAAUCAUGAGCUACGAGAUAUAUGAUUCUCAUGCAGUGAGUGAAAGAGCAGUGUUGGCUUCAUUGUGCGACUGUCAUCUCUGAGGACGUAGGUUCGAUCCCCGGCUGUGCACCAAUGGACUUUCUUUCUAUGUGCGCAUUUGACAUUCGUUCGAAAUGUGAGGGAAACCAUCGUGGGAAAACCGGCUUGCCUUAUCCAAAAAGUCGACGGCGUGCGUCAGGCACAGAAGGCUGAUCAUCUACUUGCCUAUUAGAUUAACUAAUGAUCAUGAAACAGGCAGAAAUACACAUACAGAAAUCUGAGGCCCAGACCUAAAAAGGCUGAUUACCUGUUAGCAACGCCGACAACGACUAAGAGAAAAGGUUUACCGUCUGGACUCCCAAGUAGCGUAUCAAAUACGUUCCUUUCUGUCAGCCAAUUUUCUGCACCAACAAUGGCCCAAUUAUCUCAAUAUUAUCAUAACAACUAAAAUUCUUUGACAAUAUGUACCGGCUGCAACUUUGUUACAAGUUAUUUAUCAAAAUUUAUGACCUAUUAUUGUGAAUCGCUUUACUGCUUUAUUGGCUAAAUUGUCAUUCCAAUUUUGCACGCCUUAAAUACUCGUUGGUGGUCCGUGGUAGACCAAAUAAUUAACAGUUAAAGAGCAAUAUAACCUAUUUAUAUUGCUCUUUAACAUAUUAAUCACUUUCCGCUCGAUAUAUAUUCUUACUUUUUAAAUAUGUAGUUACUUUUGUGAAACUUCUGGAAGCUUAAUUAUUGUUAACCGGCAAUAUAUAAUAAUAUUGGUGCACAAAAUCAAUUCCG